AUGGACGAGCGAAGGCUGCAGAACGUGGCUGACCACCUCCGCGACCAGAAGGACCACACGACCCAGCCCCUCGGUCCCAGCCGCAUCACCUCCAUCCUGGCCGUGUCUCCCACCCCCAUCCCCUUCGGCCGGGCUGUGUCCCCUCUGCGCAUCUUGGAGGGUCUCCAAAGCCUCCCGUACUGCUGGGGCUGCCCCUCCACCAAGGUCCCCCCGGUCCUCCGGUCGCCCGCCCCGACCCCGCCCAUCGCCUCCGCGCCGCCCUCCCGGCCUCGCGCCGGUCCUGGAGCCCAGCCCGGCCGCCGGCGGCUUCUGCGCCAGCAGGCACCCGGGCCGCCGAGCGGGGGCCCCGGCGCCGUCGGGGGCGCCGCAGGGAAGCCGGGCCUGGAGGAUUUGUACUGGAUGAGCGGCUACCAGCACCACGUCAGCCCCGAGGCGCUGCACCUGACGCCCGAGGACGCCGUGGAGGCGCUGAUCGGCAGCGGCCACCACGGCGCGCACCACCCGGCGGCCGCCGCGGCCUACGAGGCCUUCCGGAGCCAGGGCUUCGCGGGCGGCGGCGGCGGCGGCGCGGACGACAUGGGCGCCGGCCACCACCACGGCGCGCACCACGCGGCGCACCAACACCACGGCGCGCACCACGCGGCUCACCACCACCACCACCACCACCACCACGGCGGCGCGGGCCCCCACGUGCGCCUGGAGGAGCGCUUCUCCGACGACCAGCUCGUGUCCAUGUCGGUGCGCGAGCUGAACCGGCAGCUGCGCGGCUUCAGCAAGGAGGAGGUGACCCGGCUGAAGCAGAAGCGUCGCACGCUCAAGAACCGCGGCUACGCGCAGUCGUGCCGCUUCAAGCGGGUGCAGCAGCGGCACAUCCUGGAGAGCGAGAAGUGCCAGCUGCAGAGCCAGGUGGAGCAGCUGAAGCUGGAGGUGGGGCGCCUGGCCAAGGAGCGGGACCUGCCCGGCGCGGCCCGGCUUUUAGUUGACUGCCCUUCGCGAGAAGGCUCCUGCUUUGCAAAUCUGGAGCGAGAGGGCUCGCCGGCUGCAGAGGCCUCCUGCGAAAACGCUGGCCAGGCAGUUUCGUCCGCGGGCCGGGGCUGCGGUCCUCCGGGCCGCGCUGCCUCCUGCCUGGGGCCUGGGACACGGCGCGUGGCGCGAGUAGCCCGAGUUUGUGUCACUGUCUCCACGCAGAAACGCGGGCAAAGCCAGGCAGGGAGCGAGGCGCCGGGCUGCGGAGAGGAGCGUGGGGCAGGGGAGAGUUCACGGAAGAGCGCUCAUGGGCGCGGGCCCCUGGGGCGCACAGCGGGGAGGCCUCCGCAGAGGCUGCCGGACGCCCUGCCGCUGAGGGCCGAGCGCGAGCCCGGCUUGUUUUCAUAG